AUGUACACCGAAGGCAAGAAGAUUGUGGUGCUGCUCGACAAUGCGAGCAGUCACUCCCUCAAGACCGAAGGCGCUGUCACCGAGGACCUGUACGGUUUCUGUACCGUGGCCCUCGGGAAUGUGUGGCUGGUGUAUUUGCCGCCCAAUACCACUUGCUUCACCCAACCGCUCGACCAGGGGCUGAUCUCAAUGGCGAAGGCACGGUACCGGCAGCACUGGCUCCGUGCCUUCACACGCACCUGGACGGCAGAGGGCGCAACGUCGGCCGUCGCUCGCUUCAGGCCCAACAUGAGGGCCGUGGUUGAGUGGCUAAACGCCGCAUGGAUGAAUAUUCCCCCGCGCGCCAUCCAGCGCUGUUGGUGGCGCACGGGGUGUCUCCUGCUCGUGUGGGCCCUCUCCCUCCCUCACGUGGAGGCCACCCCGCGGAACAACGGCAGCACGGUGGUCGAUGGCGAGGACGGGACCGAGACCGGCAUCGAUGAGAAGGUCAACGAUGCUGGCCUCCUCGUCGAUAGGCUCGGGCUCGGGCCGAGUGCGAUGUCGGCCGAGGCGUUCGUGGGCAUCGACGACAACCCGCCCACACAACAUCUGUCGGAAGACCAAGUGUCCGAAGAACUCCACGUGCAUCAGGACAAAGGACAGCCAGGAGGUGGGCUGCCAGUGCGCUCAGGGCUACCUGUAUCCCCUCACCCACUCUCCGCCCCCUGCUUUCUCUCUUUCCUUCCCACGUUGCCGCCCUCUGCCCCUUACCUCCAUCUCCCUGUUCGCCUGCUUUCUCCCUUGUACCCCGUCUUCCGUUCCUCUCUCCCUCUCAUUUCAGCCCUCUUCCUCUCCUUUCUGCCCACUUCUGCUCCUUUCCCCCCUCCUCCCUCUCCUUUCCGCCCUCUCCCACUCGUCCUGCCCCCCCCGCUCCUCCUGCUCUCCCCUCUCCAUGGUGUAAUUCUAUGGAUGGAGUUGUACACUGAUGCUUGA